UAAAAGAAUUUAAAAGUUUUCAAUAUCUUAAGCUUAUUUUUCAAUAAUCGAAUAGAAGAAAAAUGAAAGGUCAUUAAAACUAUAUGGUAAAAUACAGUAAAGUAAGCAAGAUAAUAAGAUUACCGUAAUUUUAAUAAAAUAAGCCGUAUUAAUAAUCGUUAAAAUAUUAAUUUAUUAUUUCAUUACUAUAUUAAUUUGUUAUUCUGUGCAAAUACAUACUACAUGGCAUGGAGUUCCCAUAGAAACCGAACAAACAGAUUGAUGAUGUCAUAAUCACUGAUACUGAUCGAUGUCGAUAUCUUGAAGAAACAAAAGCAAAAUGUUUAGAAAAUAAGAAUAAUGAUAAAAUAUCGGCAACAUGUUAAUUUCAAAAGGAACUAUAAAUUAGUUUUUCAAAACGAGAAUAUUAAUUUCUAAAUUCAUGUGGGCAGAUCCUUUGCCCGGAAGUACAGGUAAUCAGUCACAGCCGAUUAAUCAACAACCUCGACAUCGUGACAGUAUAAAAUCAAUUGAUGAUAUCUCGGAUAACCAAGACGUAUCUGAUAGUGCUGUUCAAUGGAUGCCACUACCUUCAACGACUAUGCAAUGCCCUCCUGGUUUACAGUACUUGAUAUCACUCGAUGAACUGAUAUUAGACAGACAAGAAGAAGUAUUAGAUAUAAUGUCUGGCAUAGAGGGAAAUUACAGAUAUAUAGUAAAAAAUAGAUUUGGAGAACUCAUAUAUGCAGCUGCGGAAACGGCUACUCCAUUCAAAAGACAAUGUUUAGGAACUUGUAGAGAAUUUCAUCUUAAAAUAAUAGACAGUAGUGGACAAGAAGUGAUACAUGUACAUCGGCCAUGUCGAUGUAACUGCUGGUGUUUCCCUUGGAACAGCCAGAUUAUAGAGGUAGAAGCUCCAGUGGGAACCAUUAUAGGCAGAAUAACGGAAGAUUGGAAUUUCUGUACUCCAAAAUAUCGGAUAACAGAUCCAGAGGGGACAUGCGAAUUGACGGUCAAAGGCCCUUUUUGUACAUGUUCACUGUGUGGCGAUGCUGUAUUUCAUCUUCUGGAUAAAGAUGGAAUUACACAUGUUGGAAAAAUUACUAAACACUGGACAGAAGUUAAUCCAGAUCUAUUUAAAGAUACAGAUAAUUUUGGUAUAAGCUUUCCGAUUUCUACGUCUCCGGAGAUGAAAGCUGUUCUGAUAGCCAGCGUUUUUUUAAUAGAUUUUAUGUUUUUUGAAAAUACGGUAAAAAGUCAAAGAAGAGGGAAAUAAUAUAUAUACAAUAAUAUUUAAAAAUAAAGGUUGAAAUAAUGAAGAUUUAAACUUGUGCACAAGAAAUGGGACAUUGAAGUAGA